AUGUCGACACCAUUGACCAACAUCCGCGUCUUCGUGCAGUGGACUGAACAAACGGUCUUUGCUGGCGAGGAUAUCGAAUGCCAGGUUACCUUCAAGAAUAUCGCACCGACACCUACCCCGUCCCGGGCAGCGACUUUGCACCCCCCUUCUGUCAAUGGACCCGCGCCCGGGGGAGAGAGACAGAGGAAGAGCCCCGUCUCGCAGGUUAAGAAUGGAUCUGUAUUGAGUUCAAGCUCUCGGCCAGCACAGCCAAGCAGAGGCCAUCGGACUACGAUGUCAUUGAACGUCCCUGUAAACACCGUGCGAUCACAAGGCGCGUCAGACUCAUGGAAUGGAGCUCCUAUGAAAGGCAGAGAGGGAAGUGCUCACAAGCGCUCGGUCUCUAUCAUCUCAAUUAGUGCUUCUGAGAAUGGGGUUGUUGGUGAUGUUUCUGGCCAUGCGGGCAAGGGAGAAAGACCUCGAUUAAACAAAAGCCACGGACGGUCUGCCAGUCUCCAGAUCGUUCCCCGGAGACAUGGUGUAAACGGAGGUCCUGUGUCUGCCCCUCUCAAUCAACGAUCCUCUACACAGCCUUCACCCCUUCUCGUCUCCUCCUUCUCUCCUCUUGGAAGGGAACAUACUUUACCAGAGCACCCAUCCCGGAGACAGUCCGGUGCAGCGACUGCACCAAGUACUCCAGCUAUCACAAGACCUGCGUCUUCAAGACGGCACGGUUCGGCAUCACUUCCACAAGGCUUCAAAUUUCCGUCUGUUACGUCCCCUUCUGUAGAUUCUAGGGCGGGGGAUAAUUAUAAUGGAGACGAAGGGACUCAUAAUUUCCAAGCAAACGCCCAUCUUCUUUCUCCGCGAACAAAGGAUUCAAUUUCUAUAAUACCAGAGCAAGCUGGCCCAACUGCUAGGGUCCUCUCGCCAGCUAGUAUUUUAGGAACACCUCGGAGCAGUGGCGAAUUUUAUUCUUUAAGCAAUAACUCCACCGAGACUCUUGCAUCGGAAUAUCUACCUCAACAGAAUGGGCGAGUACCCACAUACGGUGGCCACACAAGGAGGCCCUCGAAUUUAGUACCCGUGAACCAUCAUCGUCCGCCAGAGACUCUCAUGAUGGGGUACGCUCAAAUUCAUGGAUCUUUCACCAUAGAUGGCUCUUUGAUUAGCCAGGCUCCAUUUGAAGAAGUCAAACGAAAAGGAGCAGUAGGAGGCCAAGGCGGUGGUGUGAUUGGCCUUGAGAAGCACAAGAGAGACAGUGGUCUUCUCCGAGGCUUUGGAUGGGGCAAUAUUGGGGAGUCGCUUGGUGGUCUCUUGGGAGGCGGCGAGCUGAGCAGUAUCAAAGAUAUGCGAGGCAUCGCUAGUUCUCGAUCCAUACCACUUCUGUCUACCCCUCAAUCAAUUCUCUUCGUCGAUCUUAGACUUGCUCCCGGGGAAAGCCAGAGUUACAAAUACGCCUUCAAGCUACCCCGCGGCUUACCUCCAAGCCACCGCGGCAAAACGAUUAAAAUCUCUUAUAGACUAGUUAUAGGCACACAAAGGCCGGGUGGUGCCAAGGAACAGCAGGUGAAAUCGGUGGAGGUACCUUUCCGUGUUUUGGGAAGUGUGAACAGCCAUGGCGAACUUCUUGGCCACGACCUAAUGUCGCCAUACAUUAUUCUUCGCGACCAGGCCCGAGUGAGAGUCAUUCAGCGAUCACUCGGCCCAGGUGUCGAAACGCCGAGAGCAUUAAAAAUAAAAACGGCAUCGAAAGUAAACGAGUCUACGCUCAAUGACUUUUUGUCAUAUGUUGAUGAGCUACUGGAAGGUCCACGGCAAAAUUCCGGCCAUGGUUUGCUGUCUCCAACAGACGCACCGAGAACCCGUCGCCAGUCAUCAGUGGAAGAACCAGCAACAGCAAAAGAUGCUAUUGACAUGGCGAUUCUCCGCAGCAACACUGCGACUGAGUCACAGCAAAGCGCGAAUAGAUUCGAGAUUGCACGUAGUGGAAAGCGAGUUGCUGUCGUCAUGCUGGCCAGACCCGCAUAUCGUCUGGGCGAGACGAUUACUGCUGCUGUUGACUUCACAGACGCGGAGAUACCAUGUUAUGCGGUACAUAUGACUUUGGAAACGUCCGAGAAGGUUGACUCGUCGCUUGCGUUGCGAUCAGAUGCCAGCAUCCUUCGCGUGACGCGCAAAAUCUACGUUUCCCAUUCAGAAUCCACUUUGUUUGCGAGAAGGAUUUUUUUUUCUCCAGCGAUACCGCCUUCAGCCACUCCAGAGUUUAUUACAAGUGGAGUUGGUCUUGAAUGGCGAAUACGCAUGGAAUUUGUUACGCCACGGCUUGCUCUUGGAGACAGUGAGCUCAUGCCGGCAAAAGAAGAUCUCUUAGAAGAAGUUUCGAGAGAUGACAGAGGGGUUGUGCUGGCGUCGGCAGAGGUGCUGGAUUGUGAGAGCUUUGAAAUAGCAGUUCCUUUGAGAGUAUACGGCGCUUUUGGGGGACAUACGGAGCGAGAUGAGGAACCCACACAUGGACUUGUAGUAUAA